GCGGCACGCCGCCGAAUCCCCGCCGGGCGGAGCCGAACGGAGGAAGUGGUCAUGUGUUGACAUCCCGGAUCCUCCACAUGUGGGCGAAUCUUCACUCUGCGGCAUAAAAAACUGUCCCGGAAAUUAAUUUGUCGGAAAGAUGACUGCCCAGGAGGUUCGUCUUUGUGGUCUUCUGCUUCAUGAACACUUCGGAGAGGUUGUGGAGAAAGUGGGAACACACCUGCUGAGAAGUGGAGCGCAGAAUUUAAGAACCAUCAUCCAUGAAACCGGCCUCUCAGUGGACCUGGUAAAGAAGUCUCUCAUGGUUCUCGUCCAACACGGCGCCUGUUUGUUCAGCUCCGGCCGUAAAGGACCUGGUAGUCCGACUGAGUACCGCAGCGGCUGCGACCGAAUCCUGAGGAUCCUGCGAUACCCGCGAUACAUCUACACCGCAAAGACGCUGUACGGAGACACCGGAGAGCUGGUCGUAGAGGAGCUACUGCAGAGAGGACACAUGACGAUGAGCGGCACGGUGAAAACGGUCGCAGAUCGACUCACGCAGAACAUGGAGGAGGGCCGCAGUAUGGAUUACAGCGAAGUUUCUUCUGCCUUUUCCAAACUGGUGGAGACGCAUUUCCUGCAGCGCUGCCCCAAGCUGGCCGGAGCAGGAACUGCAGACAGCACCAGUCCAGCUGCCGGGGCGACCCCUGCUGCCCCUGGUACCCCCGCUGCCCCAGCCAGCGCCAUCCCACCGACACCAGAGAGCUUCCCCGACUGCUACAAGGUGCCUCAUAUGACCCUGGUAGGGAGAGGCAAACGGCAGCUCGCCGCUGAGGACGGGGAGGACCAGAGGAACGCCAAAAGACAGAAGAUGGACUCAGAGGCACAUGGAGACGAGGGGAUUUACUGGCAGGUGAAUUUUGAGAGGUUCCACCUUCACUUCAGAGACCAGGCCAUCAUCAGCGCCGUGGCCAACAAGCUGGACCAGACCAGCAGUGAGAUUGUGAGGACUAUGCUGAGGAUGAGUGAAGUCACCACCUCACCUGCAGCCACCUGUACGAAGCCGUUAUCAGCCAAUGAGAUCUUCCGGUCCCUCCCAGCCAGCUACAACAUCCCCAGACCCAUCCUGGACCAGUACCUCACUCUGCUGGUGGACGACCCGAUGGAGUUUGUGGGGAAGGCUGGAGAGAGCGGAGGAGGGAUGUACGUCGUCAAUCUGCACAGAGCUCUGGCUAAUCUGGCCCGAGCCACGCUGGAGUCUGUGGUCCAGGAGAGAUUCGGCUCCAGAUCCGCUCGGAUCUUCCGCCUGCUGCUGAGGAAGCGUCACCUGGAGCAGAAGCAGGUGGAGGAUUUCGCCAUGAUUCCUGCCAAAGAGGCUAAAGACAUGUUGUACACGCUGCUGUCACAGAACCUGGUGCAGCUGCAGGAAAUCCCAAAGACUCCUGACUACGCUCCGUCUCGCACCUUCUAUCUUUACACCGUCAACCAGCUUCCUACGGCCAGAAUGCUGCUGCAGAACUGCUACAAGACGGUGGCCAACCUCAUAGAGCGACGCCUGUUCGAGUCCAAAGAGAGCAAGCGUCUGCUGGAGAAAUCGCAGCGAAUCGAAGCCAUCCUGGCGUCUCUGCAGGCCAGCGGAGCCGAACCCGAGCAGCUGACGGAGGUGGAGGAGAUGAUCACGGCUCCCGAGAAGCAACAGCUGGACGCUCUGAAGCUUCACAUCAACAAGUUAGAUUCUGCAGAGAACCAAGUAGAUGAAACCAUCUUUCUUCUGGAGUCCUACGUCAACUCCACCGCCACGUCCACAGGCUGAGACACAUUUAGGAGCUUUACAUUUCACUUUUUGCAUGUAAAACUACUUAUUUUUUGUUUCAGGUUUGAUUGUUUUGUAGGUUAUAAGUUUGAUGUUUCAGUUUUGGUUGUUUUUACGGUAUCAGCAGUGAAUAAACAGAACAAAAAUA